CCGGAAAUGGAAACCAUAACAAUAUGUCACCACUUUUUGGUGGUCACAUAAAAAUCACAACUAGGACUCUCAAGUGCCCCCUUUCUGGGAAUAUGUAUAAUCUUUUAAAUGUGUUAUUUCAGAGAUUCAGAAGCCACUUGUCUCAUUUUUGGUUUGUGCAUAAUGCUGGACACUCUACAGUGGAACACUCUACAGUGGAAUCAGGACAAUCUCUUUACAAGUGGAGGCAGAAGAUAAAUACAAGAAGGACUUUUGAAAUCAGUUAUUGCAAAUUCUUGUGUACUUCUAGUACAAUUGUAUGAUUCAAUGAAGAGUCUAUAUCACAUGCAGAUACUGACAAUGGCGAAUACUUCUUUAUCUAUUAUCCUAGACAAUAAUACAUGAUUUACAUGUAUCAGUAGAUAACUCAAGUCCAUUUACUUUAGAGAAUAAUCAUGUAUUUUCGACGUUUCGCGCGCCGGUGUGAAAGAAAUUAUGGUUCCCUGGGGAUUAUGGUCCCCUUUCUAAACAGCCCUUACUGGCCCUGAUUGUGUAUAAGAUAAUAAGGGAAAGGGUUGUAUUUAGGUCACCAUAUAAAUCAAUGGAGAGUAGGACCAUAAUUUGAGAGGACCUCCUACCCUUUUACACCUGUUAUCCUACCAGCUUUUUAAAGGAUGAGUCUGGGAAUGAGUCUGGGUAUCGACUUAGAAAAUAUUGAAAAUUGUAAUGUCUGAUAAACCAACUCAAUCACAC